CGGACGCCGGACGUUUGACGACGCCAAAUAAGCGUGUCAGUCUAGUGUGGCGUCGAAGUAGAGCAUCUCGGUGGCGCUGUGCGUGCAAUCGCGGUAUGUAAAUACGAAUUGAAAGUUCGCUCGUCUUCUACAUUAAAGCUGUGCUAUUUAUACAUCGUUCAGCAUGUGCUUCAUUAUCGAAAUUGCUGUCAAUUUUAAUUAAUUUUAUAGCCCUCACUGAGGGCUGCAGUAUGAACUUCGGGAAUCUUCUAGUAAUCGUUUUUGGUCCGUGCAACCUGCAGAAAGAGGGGGAUGUGCAUGGCAAGGCCCCAUUAGUGCGACCGCCACCGCGAUGAGUACAGUGGGGGCGGGCGUUGCGAGCCCUGGACAAGCGGCCGCGGCUCGGACGCCGACGGCCCCCAAACGACCCGUCCGUCGUGGCGGCAAAGCGCCCCCCGAUCGUCCGCAACGUGCCCUUUUUUGUCUCAAUUUGAAGAACCCUAUUAGAAAAAUAUGCAUUGACGUUGUAGAAUGGAAACCUUUCGAAUGGUUGAUUUUACUUACUAUCUUUGCAAAUUGUGUUGCCUUAGCUGUUUAUACACCUUUUCCAAACACAGAUUCAAAUACGACAAAUGCAAUUUUGGAAAAAGUUGAGUACGUCUUUUUAGUUAUUUUCACCACAGAAUGCGUCAUGAAAAUUCUAGCUUAUGGGUUUCUUAUGCAUCCAGGGGCGUAUUUACGGAAUGGUUGGAAUUUACUUGAUUUUACAAUUGUUGUUAUAGGGUUAAUUACUACUGUACUGCAAAAUCUGAGUAAAGAAACAUUCGAUGUGAAAGCUCUGAGAGCUUUUAGAGUUCUUCGACCUUUAAGACUCGUUUCUGGUGUACCAAGUUUACAAGUUGUGUUAAAUUCGAUUCUUCGUGCCAUGGUGCCUUUACUGCAUAUAGCUCUGUUAGUACUAUUUGUUAUUAUAAUUUAUGCAAUUAUUGGAUUAGAAUUAUUCUCAGGAAAAUUGCAUAGUACUUGUUAUGAUAAUAGUACAGGUAAAGAGAUGGAUGAACCUCACCCGUGUGGAGUAGACGAGGGUGUGGGGUUUGAUUGUAGCCAACUCAAUAUGGUGUGUAAAGAAGGUUGGACAGGUCCAAAUGACGGUAUUACAAAUUUUGAUAAUUUUGGUCUCUCCAUGUUAACUGUGUUCCAAUGCAUUACCCUAGAGGGUUGGACUGACGUGCUUUACAAUAUACAAGAUUCUUUGGGAAGAACAUGGCAAUGGAUUUAUUUCGUAUCGAUGGUAAUUCUAGGUGCAUUUUUCGUAAUGAAUCUAAUUCUCGGAGUGUUAAGUGGUGAGUUUUCCAAGGAAAGAGAAAAGGCCAAGGCGAGAGGCGAUUUUCACAAGCUCAGAGAAAAACAACAACUCGAAGAAGAUCUGAGAGGAUAUUUGGAUUGGAUAACGCAAGCGGAAGACAUUGAACCAGAAGGUGAAGACCAUCAAAACCAAGAUAGAAAUAUAACGCAAAAUGAAAUGGAAUCCACCGAUCAUAUAGGGGAAGAAGAAGUGCAACAGGACUCUUGGUUUAAAAGAAAGAAGAAGGAUUUCGACCGAGUUAAUCGUCGGAUGCGAAGAUCUUGCAGGAAAGCUGUUAAAUCUCAAUCUUUUUACUGGCUCAUCAUUGUUUUAGUAUUUUUGAAUACUGGAGUUUUAGCGACGGAACAUUACAGGCAACCGCAGUGGUUGGAUGAGUUUCAAGAAUAUACAAAUAUGUUUUUUAUUGCUCUGUUUACGAUGGAAAUGUUGUUAAAGAUGUAUAGUCUAGGUUUUCAAGGAUACUUCGUAUCAUUAUUUAAUAGAUUCGAUUGUUUUGUUGUGAUUGGUAGUAUUAUGGAGAUGAUUUUGACUAAUUCUCAUGUGAUGCCUCCUUUGGGAAUAUCUGUGUUACGUUGUGUUAGAUUAUUAAGAGUAUUUAAAGUAACCAAGUACUGGCGAUCUUUAUCAAAUUUAGUUGCGUCGUUAUUAAAUUCUAUUCAGUCUAUUGCAUCUCUACUGCUUUUACUGUUUCUGUUUAUUGUUAUUUUUUCUCUCCUGGGAAUGCAAGUUUUUGGUGGAAGAUUCAAUAAAGAUACCGAAGAAAAAACCAGAUACAAUUUCGAUAGCUUUUGGCAAAGUUUGCUGACUGUGUUUCAGAUAUUAACGGGAGAGGAUUGGAAUGCAGUUAUGUACGAGGGAAUACAGGCGUAUGGAGGUGUUGAGUCACCAGGUGUUCUAUCAUGUAUUUACUUUAUAAUUCUCUUCAUUUGUGGUAACUAUAUACUGCUGAACGUGUUCUUGGCCAUCGCUGUAGAUAAUUUAGCUGAUGCUGAAUCACUUACUGCUAUUGAAAAGGAGGAAGAAGAAGGCGACAGGAAAUCGAAAAGUCCUUCACCGCAAGAAGAAGCAGAAGAGGAACACAGUGUUGAAGAGGAGGAGACUGAUGAUGGACAGUAUUCUGGAAGAUCGGAACAUGAUGAAGAAGUGGAGUCUCGAACCAAAAUUCAAGAAGAAGAAGAAGCGGAAUUCGAGGAAGACCAAAAUGAAGAGGAAGAUCUAGAUAUUGACGUUGACGACGAUGAAGCAGAAGUUGUAACUAAAGAGACAGCAAGACCUCGUCGUUUGUCCGAGGUCACAAUUGUUAAGAAAAUACGCCCUAUUCCCAAAGGCAGUGCCUUCUUUAUAUUUUCACAUAAAAACAGGUUUCGUGUAUUUUGUCAUUGGCUAUGCAACCAUAGUUACUUUAGUAAUAUGAUUUUGGUAUGCAUUAUGGUAUCUUCGGCAUUAUUAGCAGUUGAGGACCCAAUAGAUAGUGAAUCUGAAACCAAUAAGGUGUUGUCAACGUUUGACGUGUUUUUUACAAUAAUCUUUUCAAUUGAACUGAUGCUCAAAACCAUUGCUUAUGGAUGCAUCUUACACGACGGUGCCUUUUUACGUUCGGCCUUUAAUAUGUUGGAUUUACUAGUGGUUUGUGUGUCAUUAGUAUCUAUAUAUAAUAGUCAAGGUGCGAUGAACGUGGUUAAGAUUUUAAGAGUACUGAGAGUUCUGCGACCUUUAAGAGCAAUUAAUAGAGCCAAAGGAUUGAAGCAUGUAGUCCAGUGCGUGAUAGUUGCGGUAAAAACCAUAGGCAACAUAGUGCUGGUGACUUGCCUGCUUCAGUUCAUGUUCGCGGUAAUAGGAGUGCAACUUUUUAAGGGCAAGUUAUCGCACUGCACUGACAGAUCCAAGAUGACCGCAGAAGACUGCAAUGGUACGUAUUUGGUGUAUGAAAACGGAGAUAUAAAUCGACCAUCAAUGAAAGAGAGGAGGUGGGAUCCAAACAGAUUUCAUUUCGAUAACGUUCUAAAAGCGAUGUUGACUCUCUUCACCGUAUCAACGUUCGAGGGAUGGCCAGCUCUACUCUACGUUUCAAUAGACUCAAACGAGGAAAAUAAAGGACCAAUUCAUAAUUCCCGGCCCAUAGUUGCAGCAUACUACAUAGUAUAUAUUAUAAUAAUUGCUUUUUUUAUGGUUAACAUAUUCGUUGGUUUCGUUAUCGUUACAUUCCAGAACGAAGGGGAGCAGGAGUAUAAAAAUUGCGAACUUGAUAAAAACCAACGUAACUGUAUAGAAUUCGCGUUGAAAGCCAAACCGAUCAGACGAUAUAUUCCGAAGCAUCGCAUCCAAUAUAAAGUUUGGUGGUUUGUUACGUCGAGACCUUUUGAAUAUGCAAUUUUUACUCUUAUUCUAACAAAUACCAUAACACUCGGCAUGAAAUUUUAUCACAAACCAGAAGAGUACCUUACAUACGAGAAAGUUCUAGACUAUCUGAAUAUGAUAUUCACUGCUGUGUUUGCUAUGGAAUUUGUUUUCAAACUAGCUGCAUUCCGAGUAAAGAAUUAUUUUGGAGAUGCUUGGAACGUCUUUGAUUUUAUAAUAGUCUUGGGAAGUUUUGUCGAUAUAGUAUACCAAGAUGUUAACCCUGGUUUAAAGUUCCAACUGUCUGGUAAUUUUUUUCGUCUUUUUCGUGUCAUGAGACUUAUCAAGUUGUUGAAUAGAGGAGAAGGUAUUAGAACUUUGUUAUGGACAUUCCUAAAAUCAUUUCAAGCUUUACCAUACGUAGCACUCUUGAUUGUAAUGCUGUUCUUCAUCUAUGCUGUAAUUGGAAUGCAGAUGUUUGGAAAAAUCGAAAGCAAUGAUCUGGGCUCGUCAUCGUCGAUAACCAGAAACAAUAACUUUGGAACCUUUUUCCAAGCGGUUUUGGUUUUAUUUCGAUCUGCCACAGGAGAAUCUUGGCAAGAAAUAAUGAUGGAUUGUGCCGAUACUCCAGCUGCCAAAUGUCACAGUAACGUUAAAAAAGUCGCUAACAAUUGUGGUUCGGUUGUAGCUUAUCCAUUCUUCAUAUCAUUUUAUGUACUGUGCUCAUUUUUGAUUAUUAACCUCUUUGUAGCUGUUAUUAUGGAUAAUUUCGAUUACCUAACGAGAGAUUGGUCAAUUUUAGGACCGCACCAUUUAGACGAGUUCAUUAGGUUAUGGAGCGAAUACGAUCCUGACGCAAAAGGCCGGAUAAAACAUUUGGACGUCGUUACUCUCCUUCGAAAAAUUUCACCUCCUUUAGGUUUCGGUAAAUUGUGUCCUCAUCGUGUAGCUUGUAAACGUCUGGUUUCGAUGAAUAUGCCUCUAAACAGUGAUGGAACUGUCCUCUUCAAUGCCACUUUAUUUGCUGUAGUUCGAACAUCUUUGAGAAUUAAAACUGACGGUCCAAACAUUGAUGAUUGCAAUGCAGAGCUGCGAGCUGUAAUUAAAAAGAUUUGGAAAAGAACUAGUCCGAAAUUGUUAGAUCAAGUGGUACCUCCACCAGGAGUCGACGAUGAAGUCACCGUUGGUAAAUUUUACGCCACGUUCCUUAUACAGGAUUAUUUUAGACGUUUUAAAAAGCGGAAAGAACAAGAAAUGAAAGAAGGUGAUAAAGAAAUCCAUAACACUGUUACUCUUCAAGCCGGAUUACGUACUCUGCACGAAGCUGGUCCAGAAUUAAAGCGUGCCAUUUCUGGAAAUUUAGAUGAACUUGUUGAUGACAAUCCAGAACCUAUGCAUCGGAGAAAUCAUUCCCUCUUUGGUAGCGUAUGGUCAUCGAUGAAACGCGGUCAUACGUUCAAUCGGGCAAAAUCCUUGAAAUUAAACUCGACCCAAAUAAAAAUAACUCCGGCUUCCAGUGUCGAUUAUCUUCCAUACAAUUCGAUUAAAAAUGCUGUUACCGAAGGAAUGAAUCACAUAACAUCGUUGACCAAAAACAGAGUCAGCGUUACUUCUUUAAAUAAUCAAGAAUAUUAUAAAGACGAAGAAAUACCGCUGAGGUCUCUUAACAAUUUGCAUAAUGGAGAUGAUAAGAAUACGUAUACAGUAAUCGAUCUGCAGGGUGACAAGACAGCGGAGUUGAUGCCACCAACCCCACCGCCGCGCCGCGUCCGUUUGGGACUGGGGGGCGGUUGCAUGUCAGCCACAGCCACACCUACAUCCACCCCCACACCCUCUACAGCGCCUGUGCCUACAGUGCCCGUGGCUGCGCAACAAGCACCGAGCUUUAAUCGCAUUGCAAGCGGGCUGAAACUUGCGCAAGCGCAAGCUAUGGCAGUCGCAGGCUUUUUGCCUGAGCCAGAGCCUUCGCUUGGUUUUGGUGAUUCGUCCCUUCCUCUCGGUAGACUUCACCCGUCAGUCUCUGACUCUGAAGGAUAUAGCCGGCAUGCUCAUUGUGCUGUCCUGAAUUACAGGGCUUCCUUCCACGGCAGAGGUGGAGCCAGAGAGGGAAGCGGUGAUGCGGUCAAUGGACAUGUGGGAACAGAGCGACUAAGCCAUUCACUGCCAGGCAGUCCGGCAGACCGCAGAACUACCUCUUUCGAAGUGGUCGGUUCUGCGGAAAGUCUGGUAGGCCGUAUCCUAGCCGAACAAGGCUUGGGUAAGUACUGUGAUCCGGACUUCGUACGCUACACCUCAAAAGAGAUGCAAGAAGCAUUGGACAUGACUCAGGAGGAAAUGGAUCGUGCGGCUCACCAGAUCCUUCAGCAAGAGAAACUUAUACAUCAUCCUUUGCACCAGCCGCAACCGCACUCAUAGCAACUCCCAACUCAUAUACUUUGAGUGUCCAAAUACCUCCGCCACACUACCAAGUGCCUAAAUUAAUUUCUUCUGGUCCAAGGAAGACUUUAUAUAUUAAUAAGGUGUAGUUUUUUAACCCGGAUUAUUUUAUUCAUGGAAGGAUUGUUUCUCCAAUGGCAACAAAAUACUACAUGUACAGGGUGUGAACUAUGAAAUGAACUGUCAUUAUAAUUUACCAUUUUCUAAUAUCAAAUGUGUCAAAAUAUGAAUAACAAUAAAUAUUACUUUUCAUUU